UCCUGAAGGCAACAUGAAGACACUGACUGUCCUUCUCCUUGUGGGGCUUCUGGCCCUUUGGACAGAAUUACCCUCUGCAACUUGUUACAGAAUAGGGAUGUGCCCAGGAAAUCCAUUUCGGUGCUCCAUGCCAGGAAUUAGUCGUUGCAGGAGUAACUAUGACUGCCCACGUAACCUCCAGUGCUGCAACUACAGAUGUGCCAGGGUCUGCAGAGCUCCAUCACCAGUGAUAUCUUGGUAUUGCCCACGGAAUCCAUUUAGGUGCACUGUCCCAGGAAUUGAUCGUUGCAGAACUGACUAUGACUGCCCAGGAAGACAAAGGUGUUGCUACUACAAUUGUGCCAGGUCCUGCAGAUAAGAAUAACAUCCUGUUGGCGCGCCUGAAAUGCAACACCUGUGCCUGAAAUUCGCCCAAUUAUUCAUCUUUUCAUCAUGCAGGGAAACCACUUUCUACCCAACUGAAUGCAAAUAAAGGGUUUAUCUGAGUCAGAGUAGAUCCAUUGAAACCAAUUGACUUUUGUUCGUAAAUCAAAUUAUUUUUGUGAGUCCGUUCUGAGUAUGACUUAGGUGGAUACCACCAAUAGUCUUUUGUUUUCGUUGUUGGCAUUUCUCAUCUGAGUCUCAGGACAUCAUGUGGAAGGAGGACAGAAGUGAAGGAACAUGUUUUUACUCGUUACUUAAAAUAUUGGUGGUCAGCUAUAACGUCUCCUUGGAGAUUUUCUUGAAUGGGCCACAUAUUGACCAAGAAGCUCAGAUGAAACAGGAGCAUUUCUGUACAUUCAUCUAUUGAACUAUAAAAAUGGACCUUGCUCUUGUGAUUGACAGCGAAGGAGUCAUAAUCUGCAGCAAAAUGUGUUACAUAGUAGGUUAUGGGCUAUUGGUUAUUUAAACUGAAUAUACAACUUCUAACACUGAGCAAGCUUCCAGAUUCAUCCCAGUGGGUGAGAAAUUCCAUGUGGUUAUAACUCUGACAGCUUAUUUCCAGUUCUUGCAUCAAUCUGGGAAAUGUUUAUGCAACAAGAAAUUACCUUGCAACACCAGUAUUUACAAACACCGUCAUCACAAAAUAGGAAGCUUUCCUCCUGCGGAUCCAGGACUCAUUUAUCUCUCUCUCUCUCUCUUUGAAACUAUAAAUGAAAAAGUCAUACAAUUACACUUGCAGAAGAAAUAAAUGUAUAUGCUUCAAA